CAAAAUAAAUAUUCGAAAAUCAUAGAUAACUUGUCUGAGCAAAAAUGAUAUAAACUGAACACUGAGUUAAAAAAAAUGGCAGUCAUACAACUAAAAUUCUCGUGAAAUAGGUCGAUUUCAGUACGAAACGUGCUAUGUCUUUCCAGACAAGUUGAACAAAAAGUAUGGAUAUAGAUUAUUUUACCAACCUGGCUUAUUAAGCAAAUCCCUUUUUCUUUUAUUUUUAUUUUUCUGGAAAAGAACAAACUAGGGAAAACCUCUUAAAAUCUAGAGUGAUUUUUUAUUGUUAAAUUGGAUGGAACCGCGUGUGGGGAAUAAAUUCCAGCUCGGACGAAAAAUUGGCAGCGGCUCGUUCGGAGAAAUCUAUCUAGGUACUAAUAUACAGACAAAUGAACAGGUUGCCAUUAAGCUGGUACUUAAAAGCAGGCUGUGGAGGCAGAAAGCUGUUCUUGAAAAUGUCAAGACAAAGCAUCCCCAGCUACUCUAUGAGUCUAAGUUGUACAAAUUAUUACAAGAAGGAACUGGAAUUCCGAAUGUUAGAUGGUUUGGAGUUGAGGGAGAAUAUAAUGUCCUCGUGAUGGAUUUGUUGGGACCUAGUCUUGAAGAUUUGUUCAACUUCUGCAGUCGGAAACUGUCUCUAAAGACUGUUCUCAUGCUUGCAGAUCAGAUGAUUAACCGGGUUGAGUUUGUUCAUUCAAAAUCUUUCCUGCAUCGGGAUAUUAAGCCUGAUAACUUUCUUAUGGGCUUAGGAAGGCGUGCAAACCAGGUAUAUAUUAUUGAUUUCGGACUUGCAAAGAAGUAUAGGGACUUCUUAACUCAUCAACACAUUCCAUAUAGAGAAAAUAAAAACUUGACUGGAACAGCUAGAUAUGCUAGCAUGAAUACUCACCUCGGCAUAGAACAAAGUCGGAGGGAUGAUUUAGAUUCACUUGGAUAUGUUCUCUUGUACUUCUUGAGAGGAAGUCUCCCCUGGCAGGGGCUGAAAGCAGGAAAUAAGAAACAGAAGUACGAAAAAAUCAGUGAAAAGAAAGUUUCAACCUCUGUUGAGGCUUUAUGUCGGGGAUAUCCUACGGAGUUUGCUUCUUACUUCCACUACUGCAGAUCACUUAGGUUUGAAGAUAAACCAGACUAUGCUUACCUGAAGAAAAUUUUCCAUGACCUUUUUAUUCGUGAAGGUUUUCAAUUUGACUAUGUAUUUGACUGGACGAUUUUGAAGUAUCAGCAGUCACAGCUUGCCAAUCCUCCAUCUCGUGCCCUUGGAGCAACUGGUGGAACAAGUUCAGGGAUGCCUCGUGCCAAUAUUGAUAGGCAAUCAGGUGGUGAAGAAGGAAAUGCAACUGGUCUGUCUUCUGCUAAUGCUAUUUAUUAA